AUGGCUAAGAGACUAAAUUUUAGAUAAGAUAACAUAGAUUAUAAAGAGCUUCUGAAAAGAAGAGAGGAGAAGCGUAAGAAGCUUGCUACCAAGAAAAAUCCUUUCAUAUUAUCGGUUUCUGAAACGGAUCAUGAGACUUACUCAAAGCUUUAUAAAUUCAAUCCUGAUGAAAUCUUAAAUGAAUUCAAUAAAGGAGGAGGUAGCGAUGUAGUCGUAAAGACUAGUUAAAGUGAUAAAAAGGCAUCACUUUCAAUGUCGAAAAGUAGAUAGACUGAAACUAAAUCUCCCAAUAAAAGCAAAAUAUCAGAAAAAAUUUAUAGAGAGCAAGAAGAAUUUGAAAUGGAUGACCAACAAAUCUUUGAAGGAGAUGAAUAUGAAAAUGGAGAAAAUGGAGAAUUCGAAGAAGGCGAUGAAAGCAAAUAUACAUAAAUAGUGCAGAAUUUAUUCAAUGAAAAAAUGAAAAAACCUGUAAAUAAAAUUUAAAAUGCGUUGUUUGUAGAUUAAUAUGUAGCUGCAGAGCUCGCAAAAAUAGUUACAGGAGAAUAGGCUAUUUCAUUCUUCGCUAAGUAUGGUAACACUACUCCUAUUAAAUUUAUCAAUUGCGUUAAAGAUGAUCAGCAUAAACCUGAAGAGUUUAAGCCUUACGACUUAAAAGUUAAUAAUGUUAGUGAAAAUUAAAAGGAACUUACCCUUGAUGAAUACUACACAAUUUCUGCUCAUGGUAUAGUCCAUGUUUUUACAGCAAAAGGAAAAAAAGCAUUGGGAAAUAGUGAUACAAGCACUGAAGUCAUCUCACUGUCUGACUGGAUGCAUGAAUCUACCAUGUUUAACAUUAUUACUAAUAUUUAAUUCUUUAAAAACUAUGCAAUUACAAAAAUCUUUAACAUUUGGAAAGCCAACGUUCAUUAUCGUAUUUUCUGCAAGACCCGUAAGAAAUUAAUUCAUGACACUUUCAUUGCAAAGCCUGCCUUUGCAAACCACCUUAUGUCAAUUAACCAACACAUGUAUGAAAUACAAAACACUAAGACUGUUUCAAACAGUAUCGUCCAAAGCAAGAUUUGGGACUAAGAAGAAUUUAAGCAAGAUUAAAAGAAAGCUAGAUAAGAAGCUCAGAGAAAUUACGAAUCUAUUGUAGAAAAGGUUAUUACUUUAGUAGAAGUAGUAUGUAAGGAAGUAGAUUAAAGAACAAAGAUUAAAGAAUAAUCUGAAAUUGAAGAAGCAAGGUUCGGAUAACAAGUUAAAUCCAAGCCUAGAUACGAAAUAGCUUUAGAAGCAAAGGAAAGGGCUUAUCUUUUGGAAAGAGCCAUUAAAGAUAGAGAAAAAUUAAGAAACUUUAUCCGUUUGGUGGACUAUUUGUGUGUCGAGACUCUCGUUCACACUAACCUCAUCUCUAUGCAUACUCUUUUAGAAGAAAUGAAGAAGGAAAGAAAGCAAGGUCUGUUUGGUUCAACAGUCAUAUUCGAUGUAGCUAAGAUGAGCUUCUCUCCCGAUGAGAAAGAAGUCACUGAUUCUUUAGUUAAGUUACUUGAAGAUAUGGUUAAUACCAUGUAAAGCAGCUCUCUAAGAGUUAUUCACCAUUUCGAAUCAUACAUCAAAAAUCUCAGCACAGAAAACAUCUGUGAUGUUGCUAAAAUCAUUUUUGACUCAGUUGAAUUCUAGUCAAUAAAGGAAGAAGUGCUACUCAAAAUUUCUACUGACUUUAGAAAUGCCCAAAACUAUGUCGAUGAAAAGUAUGAAAAAUGCAGACCUGUACAUAACUUUAAGACAGAAUGGAACUUCGAAGCUUUCAAAGCUGAGGAAUAGAAAAUUGAAACUAUUAAAUAGAGAAUUACAGAGCUCAAUAAGUGGUUGCUCGAUAUCUAACAUUAUAUUAAGGAUGUUGUUUAGGGUGUUGUUCAAAUUUAGGGUUCAAAGAUUAAGUCUAAUUUAGAUGACUUCGUUAAGAAGUAGUUGGAACUUAUUAGAGUUUAUUUGUACGAUUAAAUGAAAAGAAAGGCUGAAUAGUUGUAUAAACAAUUGUAGCAAUACAAUGGCAACUUGUCAAAACCUCCCUCCAAUACUUUAAAAGAUUAUGCAACAUACAUUAAUUUCUACAAUGAAGUGCUCGAUGCUGCCAAAGACAGCAAGUUAGAAAAGAAAAAGCAAGAAAUUGAAGAAAUGCACUACGAGUUAAAGAUCAAGUUUACCAAUAUUUCUGGCAGCAGCAGCACAAGUGGUGUUGAUGAACUGCUUUUAGAAAAUAUUCAAAAUGAAUAUUAGAAAAUAGGUAAAUCAAUUAAGGAAGCAGACGCUAGUAUUAAGGAAAAUCAAGCUUCUAUGAUUAAAAAGUUAGAAAAUGACUAUCAAAAGUUAAUUUAAGAUAUUAAACAAACUGCUUUAUCUGUUAAUUAACCAAUUCUUUGUUCAGAAGAAACAUCUUCAAGUUAAGCUUUGAACUUGUUACAAACAAUUAAAAUUCAAAUUGAAGGUAAUCAAAAUAAAACUGGUGGCGAAUACGGAGGCUUGCAAGGAAAAUAUAGAAACUUACACUACUAUGCAUCUCUUAUGUAGUUCAAUUUACAAGAAACAAGAGAUCUUAAAGAAUUAGAAGCCAAAUAUAAUGACAGAUUCAUGUUAUGGUCUCACUAUGAUGAAUUCUAAACUAAGGAAGAUGAGUGGAAAAAGAAUCCUUUCAAUCAACUCAACUCUGAAGACGUUGAAAAGGACAUGAGAAAAUACAAGUAAGGUAUUGCCAAACUCAAAAUGAAUAUCCACAAUCUUACUACAGAAGAAAAAGAUAGAGUCUUGGAAUCUUAUGAGAAAAAGUACAAGAGCUUUGAAACUAAUAUGCCAAUUAUUAUUGCUUUGGGUAACAAAGACCUAUAAGUUAGACAUUGGAAGAAGAUAUUUGAUAUAUUAUAGUUGCCCAUUUCACCUGGAUAAACAUUUACUUUGUUAGAUUUAAUGAGCUCUAACGCUUCUGAAAAGAUUGAAGAAAUGGAAGAAAUAUCUGGAAGAGCUAGUGGUGAAGCAGGUAUCGAAAGACAAGUUGAUGAAAUCAAGAAAAAAUGGUAAGAACUAGCCUUCAUUGUCAUGCCCUACAGAGAUUAUAAGGAUAAGUUUAUUUUGGGUACUGUUGAAGAUAUAAUAGCUGCUUUGGAUGACCAUUAAUUAAAAAUCCAAACUAUGCUUGGUACCAAAUACGUUACAGAAAUUAGACCUGUUGUUGAAGAUUGGGAAAAAAAAUUGGUCUUGAUUUCUGAUAUUAUUGAUGAGUGGUUGUAUUGUCAAAGAUAAUGGAUGUAUUUGGAAAAUAUUUUCUCUGCAGAAGAUAUUUAGAAGUAACUUCCUCAAGAAACUACCAAGUUCAUGUAAGUCGACAAGUUCUGGAAAGAAACAAUGCUUAAAACAAAUAAAAGACCUCUCGUUUAGGAUUGUUGUUCGAAUGAAGAUUUGUUGAAGAAAUUCUAAAUGUUCAAUAAAAUGUUGGAAGACAUCCAAAAAUGCUUAGAAAAUUACUUGGAAACAAAGAGAGCUGCCUUCCCUCGUUUUUACUUCUUGUCAAACGAUGAAUUGCUUGAAAUUCUUUCUUAAACAAGAAAUCCUCAUGCAGUACAAAGUCACUUGAGAAAGUGUUUCGAUAACAUCAAUCGUAUUUAAUUUACAGAGGAAGACGAAUCUAAGGAAAUUGUUGGUAUGUAAUCUGCUGAACCUGAAAUUAUGCCUGAAAAGGUUCCCUUCUUUGCCAGUGUUUUCGCAGAAGGUGCAGUUGAGCAUUGGCUAUUCAGAAUUUAAGAAAUGAUGAUCAAAACUUUACAUGACAUUACCAAAAAAGCCUUGUUAGAUUACCCAGAAAAUGGUUUAGAAAGAAGAGAAUGGUUAUUUAAGUAUCCUGCUCAACCUAUUUUAACAGUUGAUUAAAUAAAAUGGACUCAAGGCUGCACAGAAGCAAUAGUCAAAAUGUCAGAAGGAAAAAUGACAGGUUUAUCUGAAUAUAACGAAUUCAUGAAAGUACUUAUAGAUCGAAUGGUUGACAUUGUUAGAGGAUAGUUGAAUACUCUUGAAAGAACUUUAAUGGGUGCCUUGAUUGUCAUAGAUGUCCAUGCUAGAGAUGUCGUUGCUACUAUGACUUAAAUGAAUAUUAGUCAUUUAAAUGACUUUGAAUGGAGCAAGUAGCUCAGAUAUUAUUGGGAAGUUGAAGAAGAUAACUGUUUUGUUAAACAAACCAAUACAAGAUUUAAAUACCGUUACGAAUAUCUUGGUAAUGGUCCCAGAUUGGUUAUUACUCCACUUACAGAUAAAUGUUAUAUCACCCUUACUAGUGCAAAGUAUCUUUCAUAUGGUGGUGCACCUGCUGGUCCUGCAGGUACAGGUAAAACUGAAACAACUAAAGAUUUGGCUAAAGCCUUAGCUGUAUAGUGUGUCGUCUUUAACUGUUCCGACGGUCUUGAUUUUAAGACUAUGGGUCGUUUCUUCAGUGGUUUGGCCCAAUCCGGUGCUUGGGCUUGCUUUGAUGAAUUUAAUCGUAUCGAUAUUGAAGUACUUUCCGUCAUUGCUCAACAAAUCUUAACAAUCCAAGUAGCCAUCAGAAGAGAUGUAGACACCUUUGAAUUCGAAGGAAGAACAAUCCCACUUGACCAAAACUUUGGUGUCUUCAUUACUAUGAAUCCUGGUUAUGCUGGUCGUACUGAACUUCCUGAUAACUUGAAAGCUCUUUUCCGUCCAGUAGCGAUGAUGAUUCCUGAUUAUAGAUUGAUUGCAGAAAUUAUUCUUUUCUCUGAAGGUUUUUCAACAGCUUCUGUUUUAGCCAGAAAAAUGGUCAACUUGUAUAAACUUUCUUCAGAACAAUUAAGUAAAUAGGAUCACUACGAUUUUGGUAUGAGAGCAGUAAAGUCUGUCUUAGUUAUGGCAGGUGCUUUAAGAAGAAAAGAAGCUUAAUUAUCUGAAGAUAUUGUGCUUAUUCGUGCCAUGAGAGAUUCUAAUGUUCCUAAAUUCUUGGAACACGAUUUACCCCUUUUCAUGAGCAUUAUCAGUGAUCUCUUCCCUGGAGUUGAUAUUCCUUAUAUUGAUUAUGGUAAUCUUUAAAAGGCUAUUGAAAACUAAUUAGAACUCUAGAACUACUAAAAGCCUGCUAAGUUUAUUACUAAAAUUAUCUAACUUAUGGAAACUAUCAUGGUACGUCACGGUGUCAUGGUUGUUGGUAUUACAGGAACUGGUAAAACUACAAACAUUCACACUUUAGCUAAAGCUAUGUACUAGUUAGAGAAAGAAGGCUCUACUGAUUAUUAUCACAAAUAAGUUAAACUUGAAAGACUUAAUCCUAAAUCAGUCACUAUGAAUGAGCUCUUCGGUUACACUAACAUCUUAACCAACGAAUGGACUGAUGGUAUCGCAGCUAAAAUCAUCAGAGAUAAUGUCGCAGAAGGAACAGAUUUAAAGAAGUGGGUUAUUUUUGAUGGUCCUGUCGAUGCUCUUUGGAUUGAAAAUAUGAAUACAGUCUUGGAUGAUAAUAAAAUGCUUUGUCUGAAUAAUGGUUAGAGAAUUAAAUUGCCUGCUACUUUUACUAUGAUGUUUGAAGUUCAAGAUUUAGCUGUCGCCUCACCUGCUACUGUUUCCAGAUGUGGUAUGGUUUACAUGGAACCUGUUCAUCUUGGUUGGGAGCCUAUUUUAGAUACCUGGUGCAUUAAGUUCAAGGAACACUUGCAUAAGGAUAAAGAAGGCAAAUCACCUUAAUAUGUUACAACUCUAGUUGAAAAAAUUAGAAACUUUUUCAAGGAUAACUUUAAAUUCCUAAGAAAUGAUUGUAAAGAAGUCAUUCCAACUGUUGAAAAUAACUUAGUUCAAUCUUGCUUGAAUUUUGUUGAAAUUGUUUAUCACGAAUGUGCUGAAGUUCACAACUUUGAAAAGAUGACAAACAACGAAGCCGAUCAUUUAUGCUCAAUGAUUUUCAUAUUUUCAUUUAUAUGGUCUGCUGGUGGUAAUCUCCAUGACUCAAGUCGUUAGAAAUUCUCUCAAACAAUUAAGGGUAAAAUCUUGAAGAUCUUAUCUGGGUUCCCCUUUGAUGGUGAAGUAUUUGAUUACUACAUCAACAUUGAAAAGAAAGAAUUCAAGCCAUGGACUGAAUUAAUUACUGAAUUUAAGUUCAACUUAGAAACACCUUAUUUCAAUAUCCUAGUCCCAACUGCAGAUACAGUCAAAUAUAAAAAUUUACUUUCUAAAUUACUUAAAAACAAUAGAAAUGUUCUUCUAUCAGGAGAAACAGGUACAGGAAAGUCAGUUAUUAUCUAAGAAUUCUUGACAACCCUCUCUCAAGACCACUUUGUCAAUUCAGUUCUCAACUUCUCUGCCCAAACUAAAUCUUAAAACCUCCAAGAUCUUUUCAUGGACAAAGAUAAAUUCUAAAGAAAGAAAAAAGAUUUAUUAGGUCCUCCUGCUGGUAAAAAAAUGAUUGUAUUCAUUGAUGACGUUAAUAUGCCUGCAUUAGAAUAGUACGGUGCUCAACCUCCUAAUGAGCUUUUACGUCAAAUUAUUGAUCAGGGUGGUUUCUACGAUCUAAAGAAACUCUAUUUUACAAAUAUCAAAGACUGCAGUUUUAUUGUUGCUUGUGGUCCUCCUGAUGGUGGUCGUAACCCAGUAACUCCUCGUCUUUUCAGACAUUUCAAUAUGCUUUGGGCUCCAGAAUUGAGCUAGAGAUCUAUGGAAACAAUUUUUAUGCACAUUCUUAAAGGUUUCCUAGCAGAAUCUCCCUAUAAAGGUUUAGAUAAAUUGGCUCCUUAAAUCGUAAAAACAACUAUAGACAUGUAUUUGAACAUGAAACAAAAGUUCUUGCCAACACCCAAAAAGUGCCAUUACACAUUUAACUUGAGAGAUAUUUCCAAAGUUUUCUAAGGUAUACUCUAAGUAAAGUUUGAAAAUUGCUAAGACAAGGAAACCCUCCUCUCUUUAUGGGCACAUGAAUGUCAAAGAGUUUUUGCUGAUCGUCUUGUAGAUGACCAAGAUAAGAGUGCUUUCUUAGAGUAUUUAGUAACUCCUCUUACCGAACACUUCCAGUUAGAAUGGGACAAACCACAUCUAUCAUCCAUUCUAUUCGGUGAUUAUGCUAACAAUUAGAGACUCUACGUUAAAAUUGAAGAGAAUUUUACUAAGCUAGGAGAAAAGCUUAACAGAGACUACUUGUAACACUAUAAUAAUACAAAUACUCAGAAAUAAAUGAACUUAGUCUUUUUCUAAGAUGCCUUAAUGCACUUGACAAGAAUUUGCAGAAUUAUUAGAUAGCCAAGAGGUAACUCACUGUUGAUUGGUGUUGGUGGUUCCGGUAGAUAGAGUUUAACAAGAAUGGCUACAUUCAUUUGUUAAUAUAACUGCUUCUCAAUUGAAAUAGCAAAGAACUACAAAGAACCUCAAUGGAAAGAUGACUUAAAGAAACUCUUGAAAAACGCUGGUGCAAAGAAUACUCCUCAAGUUUUCUUAUUCAGUGAUACCUAGAUUGUUAUGGAAUCUUUCUUAGAAGAUAUAAAUAAUAUUUUAAACACAGGAGAAGUACCAAACUUAUGGGCACCUGAAGAUCUAGAAGAAAUUAUUGGAGAAAUGAGACCUCUAGUCAAAGAAGCUAAAAUUGAUGAAACUCGUGAUAAAAUGCUCAAGUAUUUUGUUUAGUUAGUAAGAGAAAACCUCCAUAUUGUACUAACAUUUUCACCAGUUGGUGAUAAAUUGCGUAAUCGUUGCCGUUAAUUCCCUUCAAUUAUCAACUGUUGUGGUAUUGAUUGGUUUGACAAGUGGCCUGAAGAUGCUCUUCAAUCUGUCGCUGAUAGUUAAUACAGAGCUCAAGAUAAGUUAGGAAUAUAAGAUUAUAUACAAAAUCUUUCAAAUAUUUCUGUGAUAAUUCAUUAGAGUGUAUAAGAUAAAUCAGUAGAGUUUUAUGAAUAGUUAAGAAGACAUAAUUACGUAACUCCUACAAGUUAUUUAGAAUUAAUUAAAUUGUACAUCGAAAUGAUGAAAGAGCAAUAAGGUAUCCUUCCUAUGAAGAUUUAGAAAUAUACUGUUGGUCUUUAGACUUUGGAUGAAGCUAACAAGGAAGUAGCCAAUCUUCAAUAAAAAAUUAUUGCUUUCUAGCCUGAAUUAGAAAGAAGUGCUAAGGAAAAUGCUAUUCUUGUCAAAGAAAUUGAAGGAAAGAAAGAAAUAGCUGCAGUAGAAUAAGAAAAAUGUAAAUAAGAAACAGAUGCUGCUUAGAUAAUUAGAGAUGAUGUCAAUUCUCAGCGUUAAGUCUGUAAGAAAGAACUUGAUGAAGCCUUGCCUAUUCUUGAACAGGCUAAUAAUGCAGUCAAAAAAAUUGAUAAGAAAAUGACAGAUGAAAUGAAAUCUUUCAAAUAACCUCCUGCAAUGGUCGGUGUUGUUAUGAAUGCAGUAUGCUUAUUAUUCAACGAAAAAGAAGAUUGGGAUUCUGCUAAGAAACUGCUCGGUAAUAUGAAAUUCUUAGAUAGUUUGGUUGAAUUUAAACCUGAAACAGUUCCCGAAAAAAGAUGGUAAAAAUUAAGAGCUAAUUAUUUGAAUGACCCUAACUUCACUAAAGAAAAAGUCUCAAAUAUCUCAUUGGCAGCAACAUCUUUGCUAAUUUGGGUUCUAGCCAUUGAAAAGUUCGCUAAGGUACAGAAAAUUGUUGCUCCUAAAGAAGCUGCUCUCAAAGAAGCUGAAGCCAAAUUAAAGGUCGUCGAAGCUUAACUUUAUGAGAAAGAAUCAGCCUUAAGAGAAAUUUAGGAAACUGUGCAAGACUUAGAAAAGAAAUAUGAAAUGUCUGUUAGAAAAGCAGAAAUGCUAAAAUAACAAAAGUAAACUGCAGAAAUUUAGUGUGGCAGAGCAGAAAAGCUAGUCAGUGGUUUGGCUGGUGAAUCAGAAAGAUGGAAAAUCUCUAAGAAGAUACUAGAAGAUGAUUUUCAAAACAUUAUUGGUAAUAUGAUCCUUGCUGCUGCUAGUAUUGCUUACUUGGGUCCUUUUGUUUUUAACUAUAGAAAAGAAUUACUUUAACAAUGGAUUCAAGAAUGUAUUAAAUUACAAAUUCCCGUUGCUAAAGAUUUCAGUCUUCAACGUAUUCUCACUGAAGAAGUACAAAUCAGAGAAUGGUAAGAAAAUGGUCUCCCUGCAGAUGACCUUUCAGUUGAAAACGGUAUUUUCAUCUUUAAUUGCAAGAGAUGGCCUCUUGUUAUUGAUCCUUAAGGUUAAGCCAAUAGAUGGAUCAAAAAUUUAGGUGCUGACAAUAAUCUAUAGACAACUAAGUUAACAGAGCCUAAUUUCUUAAAAACUCUUGAAAAUGCUAUCAGAUUUGGUUAGCCUGUCUUGUUAGAAAACAUAGAAGAGGAUCUAGAUCCAGCUCUGGAGCCCAUCUUACUCAAGCAAACUUUCAAGAAGAACGGUUAGCAAACUCUUCGUUUGGGAGAUCAAGAUGUUCCUUACAACAAAGAUUUCAAAUUCUAUAUGACUACUAAAUUGCCUAAUCCCCAUUACAUUCCUGAAAUUUGUAUUAAAACUACUAUUAUUAACUUCACCGUCACUCCUCAAGGUCUUGAAGACCAACUUCUAGUCGAAGUCGUUCGCCAUGAAGAAGCACAAUUAGAAGAAAAACGUGUCUCUUUAAUUAUCUCAGUCUCUCAGGAUAAGCGUUAACUACAAGAAUUAGAAGACAGAAUUUUGAAGUUAAUCAGUGAAGCCUAAGCUCAAAAUAAGAUCUUAGAAGAUGAAGAGCUUAUUAAUACUUUAGAUUAAUCUAAGACUACUUCUUAAACUGUUAACUAGCGUAUUGAAUAAUCUAAAAAAACCUAAAUAGAAAUUAAUCAAACAAGAGAAUUGUACAGACCUAUUGCAAAGAGAGGAUCAGUGCUAUAUUUCGUUAUUGCUGGUCUUUCAAAUAUUGAUCCUAUGUAUUAAUACUCUCUUGAAUUCUUUAUAAAACUCUUUAAGCUUCGUCUAGACAAAGCUGAAAACCCACCUGAAUUGUCAGCAAGAUUGGCUGCCUUGCUAGAUGAUAUUACAAAGUCUUUCUAUAUUAACAUCUGUAGAGGUCUUUUCGAAAAAGAUAAACUCCUUUUCUCCUUCCUUAUAUCUACAUCAAUUAAUCUAGAAAGUAAAGCAAUCAACAUUAGAGAUUGGAAUUACUUUAUUAAAGGUCCAACCUAAGAACCUUAAAUAGAUGAAAGUUUAAUCCCAACAAUCUUCACUCAUAAAUAGUUCAUAUAAUUAACUGCCUUAUCAGAUCUCGGUCUUGCAUACAAACCCAUCUCUCCCUCACUUUAAGACUCCUCAGACAGGUAUUUGUGGGGACAAAUUAUGGAGUCAAAAGACCCUUGGAAAUGCUAAUUCCCUGAUAAAUUACAAAACCUAGACCCCUUCUAGAAAAUGCUCUUGUUAAAGCAAAUGAGAGAAGAAAAACUUAUUUCUUUUGUAAGAUAUUAUGUUCACGAAACAUUGGGAGAGCUGUUCACGAAAUCACCUCUUUUCGAUUUGAAGGGUUCAUUUGCUGAUUCAACAUGCACAACUCCUAUUAUAUUCGUUUUAUCUCCUGGUGCAGAUCCUAUUGCCUACUUGUACUAACUUGCUAAGGAAAAAGAUUUUGAUUAGAGAUUAAAGAGUUUAUCUCUUGGUUAAGGUUAGGGAGAAAUUGCUAAAGAAAUGAUAAAGACAGGAAGACGUAACGGAGAUUGGGUUUGCUUAUAGAACUGUCACUUGGCUGUAUCAUGGAUGACUGAAUUAGAAAGAAUCUAAGAAAUGUAAGUUGAAGCAGAUACACAUCCAGAAUACAGACUAUGGUUAACUUCCAUGCCCACCACUAAAUUCCCUGUUCCAGUCUUACAAAGCGGUAUUAAAUUGACAAAUGAACCUCCUAAAGGUUUGAAAGCCAACUUAGGAAGAACAUUUAAUGAAGUAGAUGAAAAAGAAUAUGAAAGCUGCACUAAAAGAACAGAAUACUAAAAGUUACUCUUCUCAUUAGGUUUCUUCCAUGCAGUUAUUCUAGAAAGAAGAAAAUUCGGUGCUAUUGGUUGGAAUAUUCCUUACGAGUGGAUGAAUUCAGAUUUUGAAACAUGUCAAAAGCAACUUAUGAUUUAUUUGAAUGAGUAACCUGAAAUUCCUUGGGAGACUUUGAAUUAUUUGAUUUCUGAAAUCAAUUAUGGUGGUAGAGUUACUGAUGAUAAGGAUGUUAGAUUGAUUACAGCUCUUUUGAGAAAAUACUUCAAUCCAAAGAUUAUGGGUGAAAAGUUUGAUUUCUCUCAGUCAGGUAUUUAUCACUCACCAAUUGAACUAUAAUUGUCAGCUGUUAGAGGCUACAUAGAUUCGUUCCCAACAGAAGACGAUCCUGAAGUUUUCGGAUUGCACACAAAUGCUAACAUUACUUUUGAAUAGAAGACAGUAAAAGAAUUCUUUGAUACACUGCUUUUAGGAUAGCCCAGAAGCGCAGGAAAGAGUGCUUCAGGAGAAACUCCUGAUGAUAUUGUUUUCAAAUUAGCAGAUAAAAUUUUAAAUGAAAUUCCAGAUACUCUAGACCAAAUACGUGUUGAGAAUCCUAACUCUCUGGAUGUGUUCAGAUACCAAGAAGUUCUUCAAUUCAAUCGUUUGAUAAGCACAAUUAAAAAAACUCUUGCAGAAUUAAAGAAAGCCAUUAAAGGUUUGGUUGUCAUGUCAAUUACUCUAGAAAAAAUGUUCGAUUCCUUCCUGCUCAAGAGAGUACCUGCUAAUUGGGAAAAGGUCGCAUAUCCUUCUCUGAAACCUCUAGGCUCUUGGGUAGCAGAUCUUACAUAACGUAUAGAAUUCUUUAGAAACUGGGUUAAGAAUGGAGUCAUGCCUUCUUAUUGGAUAUCUGCUAUGUUCUUCCCAUAAGGUUUCAUGACUUCUGCUUUACAAACAUAUGCAAGAAAAACUCAUAUUGCUAUUGAUACUCUUACAUUUAAAACAGAUGUAAGAAAUAUAAAACCUGAAGAAUGCUUAGAAGUUCCUGAUAUAGGUGUUAAUGUACAUGGUUUGUUUGUAGAAGGUUGUGGAUGGAAUGUAUAGAAAGCUAUUCUACAAGAAUCAUAGCCUAAGAUCUUAUUUGUUGAAAUGCCAGUCAUAUGGCUCGAACCAGUUAAGAUAGAAUCUUACAAUCCUAAAAGCGUAUACAAGUGUCCUCUAUAUAAAACAAGUACAAGAAGAGGUACUCUAAGUACAACAGGUCACUCAACUAACUUCGUAAUGUAUAUGGAUUUAAAAACAGAAGAAGAACCAGAUCAUUGGAUUAGAAGAGGUGUUGCUCUUUUGUGUUUACUCGACGAUUGA